GCUUAACAACUCGCCUAGGAGCCAUAGGUGGUCAGGAAUUCCAUGAAGGAUGGACUGUUGAAUUGGGAAGCAUCGCAGACCAGAUCAUACAGCCCGGCUGGUCCGCUCUCUGCUUUAUUUAUCUAUUACUAGUUAUUUAAAUUGAACUUUUAAUAACCUGCCAGCUGCUCUUCAGACACACAUGGUGCAUUGUUGCCAUUCCCAGAAUCACAUCUUUGAAAUCCAGGCCCUUGGUAACCUUCAUCGAACAAAGAGGCGACCUAGAGGAUACAUCUGCAGCCAGAACUUUUCAAACCUGCUGCCCUCUAGCUUCCUUGUUGCCUGUGCUGUUUUUCUAGCACAUCAUGGAGCCCACAAUGGAGUAUUGCUUGGUGCAGGUUCUGCAGAAAGAUGUUGGGAAGAGGCUUCAGGUUGGCCAAGAACUGAUAGAUUAUUUCUCAGAUAAACAGAAAUCUGCUGAUCUUGAACAUGAUCAGACCAUGCUGGAUAAAAUGGUUGAUGGUCUUGCUACCUCGUGGGUAAAUUCCAGCAAUUAUAAGGUUGUCCUGCUGGGCUUGGACAUCUUAUCUGCACUGGUAUCACGGCUCCAAGAUAGAUUUAAAGCCCAAAUUGGCACAGUGCUACCUAGUUUAAUUGACAGGCUGGGAGAUUCAAAAGACUCGGUGCGAGAGCAGGAUCAGGCACUGCUGCUAAAAAUCAUGGAGCAAGCUGCUAACCCUCAGUACGUAUGGGACAGGAUUUUGGGAGGAUUCAAACACAAGAAUUUCCGGACAAGAGAAGGAAUUUGCCUCUGCCUUAUUGCAACACUCAAUGCAUCUGGAGCUCAGAGUUUAACACUGAGCAAGAUUGUGCCACAUAUAUGUAAUUUACUUGGAGAUCCAAACAGCCAGGUUCGCGACGCAGCAAUAAAUAGCCUAGUAGAAAUCUACAGACAUGUAGGUGAGCGUGUAAGAGCCGAUCUCAGCAAAAAGGGAUUGCCACAAUCUCGGUUGAACAUCAUUUUUACAAAAUUCGAUGAGGUCCAGAAAUCAGGAACUAUGAUCCAAGGAUCGGGUGACAAAAACUUUGAUGAUGAUGACUCAGUGGAUGGGAACAGGCCUUCCUCAGCCAGCUCAUCAACAUCUUCAAAGGCUCCUUCAACCUCUCGAAAAAGUGGGAUGGGAACCGCUCGCAGGGUUGGAACAGCAGCUGUAGUUUCAAAGGCUCCAGCAACUAAAGAAGGAGCUGGAGCUGUUGAUGAAGAAGACUUUAUUAAAGGUUUUGAAGAUGUCCCUACAGUUCAGAUAUAUUCUAGCCGAGACCUUGAAGAAUCCAUAAACAAAAUCAGAGAAAUCCUGUCUGAUGAUAAACAUGAUUGGGAACAGAGAGUAGCUGCACUGAAAAAGAUCCGGUCUUUAUUGAUGGCUGGAGCUGCUGAGUAUGAUACCUUCUUUCAACUCCUGCGCCUGCUUGAUGGAGCAUUUAAAUUAUCCGCUAAAGACUUGCGAUCCCAAGUAGUCCGAGAGGCUUGUAUCACGUUGGGGCAUUUGUCAUCCGUCUUGGGUAACAAGUUUGACCAUGGGGCAGAAGCCAUCAUGCCAACGAUCUUUAAUCUCAUUCCCAACAGUGCCAAAGUCAUGGCCACUUCUGGUGUAGUAGCUGUUAGAUUAAUUAUCCGACAUACGCACAUCCCUCGACUAAUUCCCAUCAUCACCAGUAACUGUACCUCCAAAUCUGUUGCAGUUAGAAGGCGCUGCUUUGAAUUUUUAGAUUUACUUUUACAGGAAUGGCAGACUCACUCCUUAGAAAGGCACAUAUCAGUAUUGGCUGAAACAAUAAAGAAGGGAAUCCACGAUGCCGACUCCGAAGCACGGAUAAAAGCCAGAAAGUGUUACUGGGGCUUCCACAGCCAUUUUAGUCGAGAAGCAGAACAUUUGUUUAAUUCCUUGGAAUCCUCGUACCAGAAAGCACUACAGUCUCACUUGAAGAACUCAGAUAGCAUCGUGUCCUUGCCUCAAUCAGAUCGCUCUUCUUCCAGCUCCCAGGAGAGUCUCAACCGUCCACUGUCCGCCAAAAGAAGUCCAACUGGAAGCACUACAUCACGAGCCUCUAUAGUGAGUGGAAAAUCUGUGUCAGCAUCAGGGUCUCUCCAGCGUUCUCGGAGUGACAUUGAUGUGAAUGCAGCAGCCAGUGCCAAAUCAAAAGUAACAUCUUCGGGAUCAGAUGCUCCGUUCAGUUCUGCUGCAGCCCUGCCCCCAGGCUCAUACGCAUCUCUGGAUGGUACUACCAGUAAAGCUGAGGGUCGGAUCCGCACAAGGAGGCAAAGCUCUGGAAGUGCCACUAGUAUCACCUCAACACCUGCUGACACUCGAGGCCGAAGCCGGGCUAAAGUAGUUUCACAGUCCCAGCGAUCCAGAUCAGCUAACCCUGCUGGUGCUGGCAGUCGAUCCAGUUCCCCUGGAAAGCUGUUGGGAAGUGGCUAUGGUGGACUGAACAGUGGAACAGCCAGAGGACACCCAGCGCCAUCACCUGCUGACAAACGCAGCAAAGUCCCUCGAAGCCAGGGGUGCAGCCGAGAGACCAGCCCAAACAGGAUAGGUCUAGCACGGAGCAGCCGUAUCCCCCGACCCAGCGUGAGUCAGGGGUGCAGCCGCGAUACCAGCCGUGAGAGCAGCCGGGAUACAAGCCCUGCUCGGGGCUUCCCUCCACUUGCCUCUCGACGUCAUUCCAGGUCCACUAGCGCUCUCUCCACUGCUGAUUCUGUUGGGCAGUCAGACCGGUUUGGACUUGGACAGCCAGGCAGGUUGCCUGCCUCUAUGAAUGCAAUGCGAGUCCUCAGUACAAGCACAGAUCUGGAAGCUGCUGUGGCAGAUGCACUGCUCUUAGGAGACUCCCGGAGCAAGAAAAAGCCAGUAAGACGAAGAUAUGAGCCAUAUGGGAUGUAUUCUGAUGACGAUGCAAACAGUGACGCGUCAAGUGCUUGCUCUGAGCGCUCCUAUGGCUCCCGCAAUGGAGGUAUCCCACAUUACCUGCGACAGACAGAGGAUGUGGCUGAGGUCUUAAACCACUGUGCUAGCUCUAACUGGUCUGAAAGGAAAGAGGGGCUAAUAGGCCUGCAAAACUUACUGAAGAGCCAGAGGACGCUGAGCCGAGUUGAGUUGAAAAGGCUGUGUGAAAUCUUCACACGCAUGUUUGCAGACCCCCACAGCAAGGUUUUCAGCAUGUUUCUUGAAACCCUAGUAGACUUCAUCAUUAUUCACAAGGAUGAUUUGCAGGAUUGGCUCUUUGUCCUCCUGACACAGUUACUCAAGAAGAUGGGUGCUGACUUGCUGGGAUCAGUGCAGGCAAAAGUGCAGAAAGCUCUGGAUGUAACAAGGGAUUCUUUUCCAUUUGAUCAGCAGUUUAAUAUUUUGAUGAGGUUUAUUGUAGAUCAAACACAAACACCAAAUCUUAAAGUAAAAGUAGCAAUCCUGAAGUACAUCGAGUCCUUGGCCAGACAGAUGGACCCAACAGAUUUUGUAAACUCUAGUGAGGCAAAACUUGCAGUUUCUAGGAUUAUUACUUGGACAACAGAACCAAAGAGCUCAGAUGUGAGAAAGGCAGCACAAAUAGUCCUGAUUUCUCUGUUUGAACUGAAUACUCCUGAGUUUACCAUGUUACUUGGUGCCUUGCCCAAAACAUUUCAGGAUGGUGCUACCAGGCUACUACACAACCACCUCAAGAACUCCAGUAACACGACCGUGGGUUCCCCUAGCAAUACUGUUGGCCGAACUCCUUCACGUCACCCUAGCAGCAGAACCAGCCCCUUAACUUCACCUACCAACUGUUCUCAUGGAGGACUGUCUCCAAGUCGUUUCUGGGGUUGGAGUGCAGAUGGGCUGUCGAAGCACCCCCCUCCCCUUUUUCAGCCUAACUCCAUCCCCGCUGCUCCUUCUCACAAGACUUUCAGGCGCUCUUACUCUCCCAGCAUGCUGGAUUACGACACGGAGAACCUAAAUUCUGAUGAAAUUUACAGCUCUCUUCGUGGAGUCACAGAAGCAAUUGAAAAGUUUAGUUUCCGUAGCCAAGAAGAUCUAAAUGAACCAAUCAAACGUGAUGGAAAAAAGGACAGUGACAUUGUUUCUCGAGAAGGAGGGAUAGCUUCACCGGCCACUGAUGUGCGUGGAAGCAGUGACGUUGUGGAAGGAGGAAGGAUGGCGCUAGACAACAAAACAUCCCUACUCAACACCCAGCCCCCACGUGCCUUUUCAGGACCCCGAGCCCGGGAAUAUAACCCCUACCCAUACUCGGAUACUAUCAGCGCCUAUGACAAGAGCGCUCUUAAGGAGGCUGUGUUUGAUGAUGAUAUUGAUCAGCUUCGGGAUGUGCCCAUUGAUCAUUCCGAUUUAGUCGCUGAUCUUUUAAAAGAAUUAUCCAAUCACAAUGAGCGAGUAGAAGAACGGAAAGGAGCCCUUCUUGAGCUAUUGAAGAUUACGAGGGAAGAUAACCUGGGAGUUUGGGAGGAACAUUUCAAGACCAUUUUGCUUUUAUUGCUUGAAACACUUGGAGACAAAGAUCAUUCAAUAAGAGCCUUGGCUUUGAGAGUGUUGCGAGAAAUCUUGAGGAACCAGCCUGCAAGAUUUAAGAACUAUGCUGAACUGACUAUCAUGAAGACUCUGGAAGCGCAUAAAGAUUCUCAUAAAGAGGUUGUGAGAGCUGCGGAGGAAGCCGCUUCUACUUUAGCCAGCUCCAUCCACCCUGAACAGUGCAUCAAAGUGCUUUGCCCCAUCAUUCAAACAGCUGACUACCCAAUUAAUCUGGCUGCUAUUAAAAUGCAGACUAAAGUCAUCGAGAGGAUCUCAAAGGAGUCUUUGCAUCAACUCCUUCAAGACAUUAUCCCUGGGUUGUUGCAGGGUUAUGACAACACAGAAAGCAGUGUUCGCAAAGCCAGUGUAUUUUGCCUUGUGGCAAUCUAUUCAGUUAUUGGUGAAGAACUGAAGCCUCACCUUGCACAGCUCACUGGGAGCAAGAUGAAGCUCCUGAAUUUGUACAUAAAGAGGGCCCAGACCACCAACAGCAACAGCAGCUCAUCUUCAGAUGUUUCCACACACAGUUAAUGGAGAUCUUUGGACAUACCUGUAGACAUAGAAGCAAUCAGCUGUGCCUCUCAGAGACCCUCCCCUCAUCAGCACACACCAUCCGCUGACGGAGGCCAUGCAGAUAUUUAUUGCAAUCAGUAUUUUUAGUCCUUUUACAGCUUUUUAUUGUAGGAUAUUCUUGGUAUUGAAUGUAAAGGAAGCAAGGCCUGGGUUGCAGUCUUCCCCCGAAAAAGGGCAGUAGAAAAAAACAAACACGUUGCAAUUUAUCAUUUUUAAAGCCUGAAAAGUUUCCGGAGCUACUUAACACUUCAGUGUUUUAAUCAAAGGGAUUUUAUGGCAUUGAUAAAGUUUUGGUUUAUAUUAGACUGCAUUUCUAUUAGCCAAACUUUUGCCUAGUUCCUCCAGUUUCCCCAGUUUCUCAAACAUUUAGAGUGGAGCUUAAAAUUUGGAAUUCUCUACCUUUUUUCAGGAGAAACCUGUAUAGACUAUAAUAUCAGGUUCCUCAACUAUGUUUUAAUUUAAUAAUACCCUCGGAACCAUCAGCAAUUUGAAAUGGUGCUGUUUAUGUAAGGAAGACCACUAGGUUAGAAUAGCUAAUUUAAGACCUGCCUCUGUAUAGACCAUUCAGUUAACUGUUUCUCCUCAGCCUGUUUAUUUCGUCAAUAUUUUCGAAAAUUGAAAAAUAAAUUGCAAAAUGCAAUAUUCUCAGUCCUCGCUCUAGAGGCAGUUCUGCCUACAUGACUCAUCUUGUUCCUACUCAGCCUUUUGUUUACGUUUUUGUUUUUGCAGAACUCUGUUCUGUUACAGUAUUUGCUGGGAAUUGAAUUCCUUCUGUAACAGCUUUUUCUAGCAUUAUGAAAUCUGUUAGUAUGCACUGAGAGUGAAUGCACUGUAAUGUCUUUAAACUGGUCAAGCAUCUGCCACUAUCAGAGGAACUGACAACCCAUCUCCUAAGGAAUAAAUGUGAAAUUUGCUAUUUCUGCUGCUUCAACCCUCAGUAAGAAACUUGUACUUUCCAAAGCUCAAUUGGCUUUCUAGGAGCUGCAACUCGGAUAACCAGGCCUUUCUUUCUUAAUAAAAUACUGCUUUUGUUUCUCGGCAGAUGCUCCUUAGUGUGAAACAUGUUUUGUUAACACCCAUUAACACCCACCACACUCGUCAAGCGUUCCCCAUCCUUUGAGUACUCCAGGAAUACGUCACCCUCUCCCAGCCACCAUGCAAUCUGGAUUAUUUAUAAUCUUGUUUUGUGUCUAAUGUACAUAGUGAAUCAUUUCCCUUCUCUCUUACUAUUUCAGACAUGACCCUCUUUCUUUAGGUAGUACUCAAAGGGCUAGCUCAAUCUGCACCAAAUUGGUUUCUUUUUUAAGCUGUACAAUUGGAGUUGUGGGGUAUGUUUAAUUAUUCCAGGCACAAGGUCUCUUUGGCUACCAAUCCACACAUGCUGGUGGAGAUAAAUCUGCAUGUUGUUGGCGCUUAGCUGCCAGAUUGGGGAGGGCUCCAUCUUUUUCCAACACUGUCCAAAUGUCUGCAGCUGCCUUUUUCCUUGCUGCCUCUUUACGCAGGGCUUUAACUUUUCAAACCUUUUUAAAGAGAGAGGUUUCUUUUCUUUGUAUUAUUCUUCAUGUUCUCAUACCUCCUCCCCUUCCCUGGCCUUUAUAUCUGAGAAUCCGCACAGAAACAACCCUUCCUGCUGUUGGGUUGCUUUAGAUGGCAACAUCCAUACUGUCAAUGGGGCACUGGUGUUCCCAGGGCAUGAGCAAACAAAGCAUUGUGCGACCCCUUUUCACUGUCUGAAGUACUGUAGGUCUCUUACAUAGUGCUGAAUUAACUGAGGCAUGUGGCUUUCUUUUAAAAGGUACACUAUGUGUGCUUGCCUGGAUUACAACACAAAACUUUUCUAUCGCUUCCUACUAGCUUCUCAAUAACCUGUAUAAGUAAUGUAACUUGCAACAUUGUCAUAUAAAUCUUUCUACUACCCUCCCAGCCCCUUUAUUUAUCAAGUGUAAUAGUUCAUAUUAAAGGACAACGGAGAAAUGUUUGUAGAAUGCAGCAGGACUUUGCUAACAAUAAUAAUGUUUUAAAUGGGAAGGACAGGCUUACAAAGCCUCUCAAAACAGUCAGCCAUCAGAAACAAGUUCGUUGGCACAGUGUUCACACGCAUGUAUUUAAUUUCUAUUUUUGGGUUGGUUUUUUAUUUUUAUUUUAUUUUUUGCGCUUUUGUCAUGUUACAUCCAUAUCUGUAUUUAUAUCUUAUUUGUUUCACUUUUGAGUGUAUCAUGGCAAAUGUACAGAUGUUUUUAUGUUAACAUUUACAUGAUAGAAUUUGCUAAAAAUAAUAAUAAAAAAAAACUUUUGAGUUUGCCCUAGAAUAAAUGAAAGUUACAUUUAAGUCCGUAUGAGAGCUUCUUUA